AUGAGUAAUCUCACCACCACCCAAUUUGAUUUCCCAAAACUUAGUAAAAUGUCUGUUAGUGGUGGUGGUGUCUAUAGUAGUAGUAGUCAUAUGACUACGACGAUGAUGAUGACAAAUCACUUUAGAUAUUAUAGUACAAAGGUGUAUAGUUGGGGAUCAGGAACAAAGGGAAAACUUGGUCAUGGAAUAGAUACAACACAAAUCAUUCAACCAAAGAGAAUAGAGAAAUUAGACAAUUGUAAUGUUGAUCGGGUUAGUUGUGGUACUACCUAUUCAUUGUUUGCAAGAUCGGAACCAAUAGAGUUUUAUGGUGUUGGAGAUAAUGGAUCGGCACAAUUGAUCGUUGGCAAUGGUAAACAACCAGUGUUGGAAGAGAUUGAAAGAUUGAAAUGUGAUGCAUUUAGUCGCGAUGAUACGGUAAAGGGGAGAAAGAUUCGCCAUCUGUCAUCGGGAACCUACCACAAUGCAUGUAUCUUUGACGAUGGAACUACAUUUCUUUGGGGUAUUGGCAAUAGUGGACAGAUUGGAUCGCCGGUCUACCGUCGUCUUCAAUUUGAACCAUACAACAAUACAAUGUUGAAAGAGAUUGGUACAAUCAAGAUAGAGUGUGGAUCAACCUUUACAUUGGCUCUUACUGACAGUGGAGACGUCUAUUCAUUUGGAUCAUCGGUAUUCAACGAGUUGGGACAUGACAAUGAAUUCAAUGAACGUGUUCCUACUCGAAUCGAUAAUCCUCUUCUAAGUCAAUCACCCAUUAUCGAUAUUAGUUGUGGCUUUUCUCAUUCGAUGGCAUUGUCCCGUGACAAUAGAUUGUUUGUAUGGGGUAGAAAUCAAGAAUCUCAAUGUCAUCCAAUCGAAGAAGGAAUGGUCUCUAAAGGAAGUUAUAGUAGAAUAAUGGAACUUGACAAGAAUCUAUUUUACACACCAGACGAUCUAGCAUCCAAUGCAACCAUCAUUCAAAUUCAAUGUGCAAGUUUCUCAAAUUAUAUUCUAACUAGUUCAGGUACAAUGUAUUCAUUUGGUUCAAAUGAUCAAGGUCAACUUGGAGUUGGAAAAGAAUAUAAAAAUGGUAUAUUUAAUCAUAUUAAAGAGGUUAAAGGAAUCAAGAGAUUUUGGGCAAAACAUAAAUACGUAAUUGCAUAUGACGGUGAUGAAUUCUAUGGUUGGGGAUCAAAUUUUGAUUAUCAAUUAACACAUGAAAAGAGAUGUUCAUUUGAUCAUCCAGUUUUAUUACCAAAUAUUAAAUCAAUUUUAAAUAAUAGUAAUAGUGGUGAAAUCAUUGAUUUAUCAACUUCAAUGUCAAUGGUAAUGGCAAUUACUAAAUAA